AUGGCCAAAUGUAGAGUCGUCGUGACCGAUGAAAAGCAGUUUAGAGGCACAAUGUCGGCCUCUCAGGGGAUGAACCGCAGCGGCGCCUACAACUACUUCCUCAACAUGGUGGCCUAUCAGAUAUGCUGUUGCUGUGGACCGGCUCCCUGCUCGCUCUGCUGUGCCUUCUGUCCUCCGGUCAAAUCCUCCACCAGCACGCGGGUCAUGUACACCCUCUUCCACAUCAUGAGCUGCGCCGUCUCCUGCCUCAUGCUGUCCCGCACCGUCUCCGAGCUCGUCAGGGAAAAUGUGCCUUUCUUUAACAUGGUGUGUGACCAGGCGCAUGGCGGGGGCCACUGUGAGAUGCUGGUGGGCUACUCAGCGGUAUACAGAGUCUGCUUUGGCACUUCCUGUUUCUACCUGAUGAUGGCGAUCUUCCUCAUUGACGUGAAGUCCAGUCAGGACUUCAGAGCGCUCGUACACAACGGCUUCUGGUUCCUGAAGUUCAUCACUCUGCUGGCGAUGUGCACCGCUGCCUUCUUCAUCCCAACGGAGUCCUUCCUGCAUGCUUGGCAUUACGUUGGUGUGAUGGGAGGAUUUGCCUUUAUCCUCAUCCAACUCACCCUCAUCACAGCUUUUGCGCACACCUGGAACAAGAACUGGUUGACUGGAGCAGCAGAGAACAAGCGUUGGUAUCUGGCGGUGAUGUGCGCCACCCUCUUCUUCUACACCAUCGCCACCAUGGCCUUCACCUUCAUGUACAAGUACUACACACACCCCAUCGCCUGCCACUUCAACAAGGCCCUGCUGUGGAUCAACCUGGGACUCUGUGCCCUCGUGUCCUUCAUUGCCGUCACACCGUGCGUGAAGCAGAAGCAGCCUCGGUCGGGGCUCCUCCAAGCCUCCAUCAUCAGCUGUUACGUCAUGUACCUCACUUUCUCCGCGCUGUCCAGCCGCCCGCCAGAAAAAGUGGUGUAUCAGGGCAUGAACAUGACCGUCUGUUACCCCACCGUGGGACAAGAUGGCAUCCAGAACGAAGGCAACGCUGUGGCCAUAAUUGGAGCUGCCAUCAUGUACUGCUGCGUCCUCUUUGCAUGUAAUGAGGCUUCCUACCUGGCAGAGGUGUUUGGUCCGUUUUGGAUGAUCAAAGUUUACCGCUACGAGUUCCAGAAAGCCACCUGCUGCUUCUGCUGCCCCGAGGAAGAGGAAGCUGACGAGGAGUUUGUGAUUGACGACGAGAACAAAGGCUGUCAGAAAGUUAUUCACAACGAGACGCAGAGAGUGGCGUACAGCUACUUCUUCUUCCACUUUGUCUUCUUCUUGGCCUCGCUGUACGUCAUGAUGACCCUCACUAACUGGUUCAGCUACGAGUCAGCAGUGUUGGAGACCACCUUCACCCACGGCAGCUGGUCUACCUUCUGGGUGAAGAUGUCGUCGUGCUGGGCCUGUGUGAUCCUCUACCUCUGGCUGCUGCUGGGCCCUCUGUGCAGCUGUCAGCCGGAAUCCAGACCUCGCCGCUCACGCAUCAAACGGCGCUCAGGAUCCUCGCGUCACGUUUCCGUCAUCAUCUGACACGCUCUGCGAGGGGUAGGACAGGGUGCGAUGUGGCCAACGGGGUCAGGUGGCUCCUGGAGCCAGGGGUCAGGGGGCAAAGACUCACAGUGCUGUGAGAAGGACCAAUCAGAAGGCCCAGUGCACUGUUGCUAUAAGAAGAACUGGAUAAAGCCCUGAUGUCACCGGAUGCACACCAUGAAAUUAAACCACCAGCGAAGACUUGACUGUGGUUUGGAAACACACUUACAGUAUGAAUUGCCAAAGGGAUCAGAAGAGAUGAACUCUCACUCUGCGUAAUGUGGGAGUUACAGUACGUAGGUGUAAACAUGGAUACAUCAUGAACUUUCAUUUUAGUAUUAUUUUCAACUUUUUAGACUUUUAAUAUUGUAGCAGAGGAGUAUUCUAGAUAUUUGCUGUAAUAUUGCUAGAGAUGCGCGCAUCCCAAUUAGGUUUUUCUUUCUUUCUAAUAGACAAAAGAAUCUGUCCUAAAAUUGAAAGCCCUGUUUGCCCUCCGAUCUGUGAUCAUGAACAAAUCUUUCUCAGAGUUGGAAAGGGAGAGCUGUAAGAGAUGCAAGAGAUGACACAUUUCAGCAGCUCGUUGCAAGAAGUCGUUACAAGUAUGAUCAAAGAAAGGAACGAAAUAUGUAGGCGGAUCGUUUAUGCUCGUAGUGUUCAACCAUAUGUCAUGCGUGACGCUUUUCUAUUCAACCAAACACUACAACAGAUGUUGUCUCCGUGUAGCGUUUGGUUGGAAGAUGAACUUUAGGCUUUUCUUCCUUUCAAGUUUUUCAUACCUGCGUCAUCUUUUUUUUAUUUAUUUUUUAUAAAUCUUAAUAAUCAAAACUCACAUGGACAUUUUAACUUCCAAUCUGGAAUUUCAGUUUUCAUUUAGUUACAUGGCACACACAGUAAUAUCGGGGUGAUAAAACACAUUUCAACGAUCAGCCACUCACCUUCAAUCAAAUUCAGUUACGCACAAGUUACAGCACAAGCUUUAAAAAAAUAGAUCAACAUUGUAGGCAAUGCAUGGAGAGGAAUACUUUUAGUAUAUGACUCCCCAUAUAGCCACAACUUGUCGAUUUAAUAUUUAUGUUUGUGUACAGAUUAAACAAACAAAGAUAAAACAUGCUAAUUAGUGAGCUGUUGAGCAAUGGAUCCCAUUUCCAGCUAAAGCUAAUCAAUUCCUAGCUAUACCCCCCAGAUAAUGCACAGACAUGAAAGUUGUGUCGAUCUUCUCAGCUAACUCUCAUAAAAAAAUGGAAUAAGUUUGUAUCCUAAAAUGUCAAACUAUUGCUUGGACAUUUAUUUUAAGGACUUUUCAAUUCAGUGUUACAAUGAAUUUAGUAGGGGUGGGAUUCUCUAGGCAACUCACGAUGCGAUUCUGAGGGCUACAAUGUGAUUAUGAUCAUUUCCCAGCAUUGCAAAGAACCAACAAGAAAAGAAGGUGUCGGUCAGAUAGAGAAAAGAAAGAAACUUUACUUAAACUCAGCCGUCCUCACCAAAACCCAAGAUGUAGCCUAGCUUAGAAUGUAAACAUGACGCACAAGUUUUAUGUCUGCUAUGGUUUACCAUCUGUGUAGUUUAGCCAUAAGAAACAUACAGCAAAAUUGUUACAGGUGAUCAUAAUGUGGGGAAUUGUGCAUAAUGUUUCCAAUUACUGACUUUUCUUCAUCGAAACAUAAUCUUAAAAGUUGCAAUGCAUCUAAGAAUCGAUUUUUUUCCCCCCAUCCCUAGAAUUUAGGUUACCUUGCCCACGUCAGCUGGAUUCUCACGAGAUUAUGCUAGAAUCACAGGAUCAGAUAUUAGACAAAAAUCCAUCUUGUCAGGCUUCAAGUAGGGUAUUGUGUCUGAGCUACCAGCUUACCGAACCAAUCAGCGUCCGGUUCCCCCCAGGAUGGCGAAAGGCAUGUCCCGGCCUACUCUGUCUCACUCUAACCCCCUAACCCUAAUCCUAGCCUCUGAUUGAUUUACCCUGACAUUCUUACCCUAACCCUAACCAAUCCAACUCCUCAUGCCUAAACCUAACCAACCCUACCAGAGCAGGCAGCAAGUACUAGCCAAUCAGAGGGACAGUAAGGCCAGUUAUGCCUUCCCUAUGCCUUCCCCAUGCCUUCGCCAUACUAGGAAAAAAAUGAUUACCGGCAGCUACGGGCGUGGUUUGGGUGUGUGUGACGGUCGCGGCGGUUCGUUCAAAACAGCAAUGAAUGGACAGAUGGUUCAUCAAAUCAUCAAAUCGCCUGGCAGGUAUUUUUAGAAAGUGCUUGCCCUUUUCCAAACAGUUUCCAAUGACGGCUUCUCAGAUGGUUCUGUGUAACAAACCAUCAGGUUAGAGUUGAGGUAUAACUGCUGCAAAUUCCCACAAUUUGAAAUCAGCUGCUUGAAAGACAAUGAAUAGAACAGUCACACUUGUAGUGUCACAGAAUAUAAGCAUUCACUUUAUUUAUUUUAGUGCUGAGAGUUGCAUCCUAUCAUUCAAUUAUAAACUUGAACUCCUACACUUGUCGUUAAGGCAGCUUCAGUUCGACGCCAUAAAAACAAAGAUUUGUUCAUGUGUUGAAAUAAAACCUGCAGAGACCAGGGUCACGGGGAUAACCGUUUCUCUUUCAGUAUUUUCCCUCCAUCUUUUCACAAGAUUGUUCUUUAAAUGCGUCUGACAGAGCGACUGAAAGGCAGCUAAACAGAAAUGUAUGAUGUUCUUUAAAGUUCAACACAAGAGGCUUGUUAAAUUGGGGCAAAACACUUUGCAUUUCACUUACAAUGAGGAACACAUUGCAUGCUCGCAUUAUGUUGCUUCAUAGUUCAUCGUUCACUUAAUUCUUGUUUACAUUUUGUUUUGCAUGUGUUACUCUAUUUAAAAAACUUUAAAAAAUUUAAACCAAGAGUGCUCAAAGAACAAAACAAUACUAAAAGUCACAUCCAGAAGGGAUAGAAGCUUUCUGUCUCAUGCCUUCAGAUGAAGUAGUCAUGUCUGCUGAGAUGAAUCCUGCUGUGAAUCUAAAAUAGCCCCCUAUUCCCCCAUAUGUUUAUGUUGAUGUUGGUAUGUGGAAACCUGGAGCUGGUUUCACCACUGAAGGGGCGCUGAGCUGAGCGUCUGCAAUGACUUCCUUACAGUUAAUGAGCAGAAAUCUGGCUCAGUCAAUAACAUAAAUAUGUACAGUUAUAUUAUCUGUAGUUUAAAGUAUGUAUUCUAUGGAAGCCCUGAGAGGCAAGUGAGAAGAAAAUAUUUUGGUGAUGCUUUUUUUUAAGUCGGAUCUAAAUAGUUUUUUUCUCCUGUGUUUAUGACUUAAGAACAGGUGAAAAAAAUAGGUUUUGGAGGGAUUGUUUAUAAUUAAAAAAAAAGAAAAAAAAAAAAGAUGUUUGUUGUUGUAAUACUCAUCCCGGCCACAAGAGGCUGAAGUGCACCACUACUGGUGAUGUUCUAAAUUGGACUAAAAGCAUUCAUGUUUACAUCCAGGUGAGUUAUGAUUAAUAAUAUAAUCCAUGCACUCUAACCACAAGGUAUAUAUAUAUUGUGUGUUAGCAAGAUAAAUUACAUUUUUUAAAUACAAACUUUUUUCACCUGCCAAAUUAGUUUCUACCUUUUUCACAGAAUUUAGGAAGAUUAUUCUGGCAAAACGUUUUUUCACCUGUUAAGUCAUAAAAACUCGACACACACGAGAGAAAUCCAUUUAGAUCAGACUUAGAAAAAGGAUCACCACAAUUGUUUGUUAUUUUCUGUUGUAGAUGUGAAGUCUUUUUGUAAAUAUAUUGUUUUCUUACAAACAC